AUGCCCGACGUUUCCUCCACCGCGGUGGUGGCCGCCCCUCCCGCCAAAGAGAGGCCGGGUGGCAGCGGAGGCGUGCUGCUGCCGCUUGCCGUGGCUGGAGCUGGUCUGCUGUGCCUGUGGAAGGCUUUCCACAUCUGUUCCGUUCCCGUUCACCCGCGUUGCGUGACCGUCGUCUACGACACGCGCCGCAAGACAGUCUUGUGCACCUCGGCGGAUUGCGAGAUGCCCCGGGACUCACUGCCGCGGGUGUCUCACUUCAACGCGUCACUGUACUUCGGGUCCGCGCUGAUGUACUGGAGCCGGACGCGGCUGCUGGUGCCGCCGUCCUCCUUCUUUGGGGUCUUCACGCUUCCGCGCAGCGUCCUUGAGGAGCCGGGCGAGUCCGUGAACUGUGUCGUAGAGGAGGUGGCCGUGCGCGACGGGUCCGUGAACAUGAUGGUGACUGUCUUCUACACCAUUCCCUUCGACCAGGUGGAGCGCUACCUUGCCGCCGUCGGCCCUGAGCCGCCGAACGAGGUAAUCGGCAAGGCGGCCGCCCAGGUUGCACGGGUGCGGUGCGCAGAGCAGUCUGCCGGGAUCUUGCUCAGCAAGACCCGCCGCGAAGCGUUCAUGGGUCCGUACAAGGACCACCUUACCUCAAAGCUCAUGUCGGAGGCGGCGGUGCUGGUGAGAGACGUGGCUGUGGAGAGUGUGGUGCUGCUCGAGGGGGGCUAG